AUGGCCAACACUCUUUCCAUUAUCGGGCUGGUCUCCUCUCUCUUCGCAAACAUCAACAUUCCCAGCACAUCUUUCGCACCACCUGUGCACCGCAGCAGCACGAAGGUUCGCGUCUAUGCUGGGCUGUCUGGCACUGUUGGCACGAGUACGAGUGGCAACAUUCCUGGCGUAGCAUUGUGGGACUCUGCUGGCGCUUUCAUCGGGAAGGCCAUGGGCAUUUACAAUUAUGUCAUUGAGGACGGGUCAUUCUACGACCUGACAGUCAAAGGCAAGAAGGCUUCGGCAGAAUAUCUGUCAGUCGCGGCAUUUGGAAAAGAUGGACUGUGUAUAGCCGCGGUCGCCGUCACAAGUCCAACAGGAUACCAGGCAGGAUGGUUAGGAGAUGUAGGCAUGAAGUGCGGCGCGCCCUGGUACCCCAGCAACUUAGUAAUCGAAGGCUCCGGUCCACAAGCACGACCUGCAUGUGUAUGGAUCGACCAAGAUGGCAGCAAUAACCACCCUCACACAGGCAUGACCAUGCACCUGCCAAGUUUUACCGGUGCAGGCGAAGGCCUGGCCCAAGAGUACAACGAUAACAUCGACACCCUAUGCAAGAGCCUGCCACGCUUCUCGAUGUGGACCACUCGAUCUGUUCACAUGACUCUACCAGUCUACUACAAAGACCAGCUACAAUACAACGACGACGGUUCUGACAAAGACCUCGACAAAAUUCUCAACCCGAAAAUGAUGCAAAGCCAGACAACAGCGCCGAACGAUCCAACCGGCACGAAACUCGGCGUCGCGGAUGGUCCUUCCGCGCUCCUGGGAGGACCUAUCGUCGAGUUAGGACCUAGUAAACGACGACGAGCCCGACGGAGUCCUCUACAGCCACUUCACGAUCAUCUGGUCGUGAGCAACGUCACGUCUCAUAGUGCUCGCGAGGUCUGCGAGAGUCGCACAUCAGCUGGACCGGAUUUUGUGGGUGUUGUGGAAGGGCUAUUUUGUGACAUGGCUGAGAAGAUCCUGUGGCCUCUGUGCGAUGCUGGGAUCUAUACUGAUUGCUUUGAUCUGGAGUCGAAGAUCCUCAGGUCAUCGAGGCAGAGAGGAGCUAUAGCUGCAGGCACAGACACGCCGGACCAAGCUUCUCGUAUAGAACUCAAGGCGCGGAGUCUGGAAGGAGAAAUGAAGAUGUACCAGCAUGUGCAGGUGUGGUCAUGA